AUGGCUGCGCCCAGGGCGGGCCCCGCGCACCGGCUCCUGCAGGGCCUCAGCCGCUGGUUCUAUGACGUGGAAGCGGCGCUGAAUUGGGCCGAGCGCCUGCGGCGGCUGCGGCUGCACCGAAUCAAUGCGAGCCACGUGUACCUAAGGGAUACCUAUGGACCCGACAUGGCUGCUGCUGCCUUCACCCUGUCCUUAGGGGGGGGUGUCAGAUACGAGGGGCAGGAGGAGUGGCUGCGGCCCCAUGGGCCCUGGCAGGCCAAGGUCCUGGAGCUCCGCAGCGCCCCCGUGCGGGGCCUGGACCUCAGCGCCUGCCCGGUCACCUACAGCGGGCUCGACAACGUGGUGCCCCUCUCCCGCUUGGAGCUCCUGGACCUCAGCGCCUGCCCCCACGUGGACGACUGGGCCCUGGCGCGCCUGCACGCGCUCGGCCCCUCCCUGCGCGCGCUCUCGCUCUCGCGAUGCCCCCGCGUGACCGAGCGCGGCUUGGCCACGCUGCAUCACUUCCGGGAAUUGCGGUACCUGGAUGUGACCGGUCUCGCCGUAUCCAGCCCGGGCCUGGUGCGGAUCCUGCUGGAGGAGAUGCUCCCGGGAUGCCGCAUUGUGGGGAUGGAGCUGGAAACACCCCCCCCAUCUCCCGGUACAACAUAA